GUGGCAGCGGAAGUUGGCGUCUGUGGUGGAGCGCAGAGAGGGAUUUGACAGCAAUGACGUGCACCAUAGACAAGAUCUUACAAGAUGCCAAAACUUUGUUAGAGAGACUGAAGGAUCAUGACAAUGCUGCAGAGUCCUUAAUUGAACAGUCUAGCUCUCUACAUAAGCGGGUGGAAUCCAUGAAAGAGGUUGGGACAACACUACCAGAAAAGUAUCAAGAAGACUUGGCAGAGUUAAAAGAUGCUUCAAAGUACAAACCACAUGUGCUUUUAUGUCAAGAAAAUACUCAAAUAAGAGAUCUUCAACAGGAAAAUAAAGAGUUAUGGCUGUCUUUGGAGGAGCAUCAAUAUGCACUGGAGCUGAUCAUGAGCAAGUACAGGAGGCAAAUGCUGCAGCUAAUAGCAAACAAAAAGCCUGCACCCACAGAACCUGUUCUAGAAGCUCACGAAACCUAUUCUUCUGAUAUAGAGAGACACAUUGACAGGAUAUGUACUAUGGGAGAAGUCAUGAGACAAGCCAUCCAGAUCGAUGAGGAUCAGGCAUACAGCAUUCAAGAAAGACUCGCCCAACUAGAGUUGGAAAACAAGGAACUUCGGGAAAUCUUAUCUGUUAGCAAGGAGUCACUGCAUUCAGGAAAGAAAGAAUCUGACUGGAAUUCAUUAGAGAAAACUCAGUGA